AUGAAAAAAAAGGCUAGAAAUAAUAAACCAUAACCCAAAUUUGAAGAUAUAGUAAAAGAAACAAGAUAAAGGUAUUAAUAAUAACAUAAAAUGUUGUAUUAAUAAUUUGAAAAAGCAAAAUCUGAAUUAGAAAUAAAAGUCAAAGAAGAUUUAGAAAAGCUAGCCAAAGGAAAUAUUAUUAAAAAUUAAGAAUAAGAUGAAAAAGAAAUAAAUUAAAACUAUAAGAAAUAGUUUUAAAAAUUGAUAAAAAAUUUUAAUCAAGAAUUAGAUUAAUUAUCAUUUAAUAUUAUUGGUUUGAAAAAAAUGACUAAGAUUUUUGAAGAAGAAUAAUAAAAGAAUAAAUAAUUAUUAGAAGAAAUAGAAAAGUUAAAGAAUGAUUCAAAUGAUCCAAAUAUUAAUUUUGAUAAAAAAGUUUAGAUAGCAGUACAAGAAGAAUUAAAUAAAAAUAUAAUAUAAAUCUAAAAUGAGAAUUAAUUGAUGUUUGAAAGUUUAAAAAAAUAAUAUGAUGAAGAAAUGAAGUAAUACAUCAAAAUUUCUGAAAGGACUAUUCAUAAACUUAAAUAAGAAAACAUAAAAUAAUAAGAUAAUAUUGCCAAAAUGAAAAAAUUAUUAGAAGCAUAAGACAAAGAUUUUCAAAUUUUAACAAAUGAGUUUAUAAAGUUUUAUUAAGGUUAUUUUGAAAUAAUUAAUUAAUUGAAAGAAUAAGAUUAUAAAUAAUUAUAAAAUAAGAUUAAAUAAGAUUAAGAAUAAAUGUAAAAAGUCAAAGAUGCAUUAGAAUAGGAAAAAAUUGCUAAAGAAAAUUAUGAAAAAUAUUAAAAAGAAAUUUAACUAUUGUAAUAAAGAUUUGAUCAAGAACGUCUUCAAUAAAAAAAACAAAUCAAAGAAGCUGAAUAAUAGAUGCAAUAAGCCAAAGAAUGUUAAAAAAAGUAUUAGAGUAAGAUUGACAAUUAGAAAAAUUAAUUAAAGGAUAUAGAAUAAGAGCUACAAAAAGCUUAAGAUAAGGAAAGAAAUUCUGAAUAUGCAACCAAAUAAAUUUAAUAAGAAUUGGAUUAAACCAAAGAAGAUUUAGAAUAGUAUAAGNCCAAAGGAAAUAUUAUUAAAAAUUAAGAAUAAGAUGAAAAAGAAAUAAAUUAAAACUAUAAGAAAUAGUUUUAAAAAUUGAUAAAAAAUUUUAAUCAAGAAUUAGAUUAAUUAUCAUUUAAUAUUAUUGGUUUGAAAAAAAUGACUAAGAUUUUUGAAGAAGAAUAAUAAAAGAAUAAAUAAUUAUUAGAAGAAAUAGAAAAGUUAAAGAAUGAUUCAAAUGAUCCAAAUAUUAAUUUUGAUAAAAAAGUUUAGAUAGCAGUACAAGAAGAAUUAAAUAAAAAUAUAAUAUAAAUCUAAAAUGAGAAUUAAUUGAUGUUUGAAAGUUUAAAAAAAUAAUAUGAUGAAGAAAUGAAGUAAUACAUCAAAAUUUCUGAAAGGACUAUUCAUAAACUUAAAUAAGAAAACAUAAAAUAAUAAGAUAAUAUUGCCAAAAUGAAAAAAUUAUUAGAAGCAUAAGACAAAGAUUUUCAAAUUUUAACAAAUGAGUUUAUAAAGUUUUAUUAAGGUUAUUUUGAAAUAAUUAAUUAAUUGAAAGAAUAAGAUUAUAAAUAAUUAUAAAAUAAGAUUAAAUAAGAUUAAGAAUAAAUGUAAAAAGUCAAAGAUGCAUUAGAAUAGGAAAAAAUUGCUAAAGAAAAUUAUGAAAAAUAUUAAAAAGAAAUUUAACUAUUGUAAUAAAGAUUUGAUCAAGAACGUCUUCAAUAAAAAAAACAAAUCAAAGAAGCUGAAUAAUAGAUGCAAUAAGCCAAAGAAUGUUAAAAAAAGUAUUAGAGUAAGAUUGACAAUUAGAAAAAUUAAUUAAAGGAUAUAGAAUAAGAGCUACAAAAAGCUUAAGAUAAGGAAAGAAAUUCUGAAUAUGCAACCAAAUAAAUUUAAUAAGAAUUGGAUUAAACCAAAGAAGAUUUAGAAUAGUAUAAGAGUAAGAUUAACAAUUAGAAAGAUAGUUUUAAGUAUAAGCUUUAGGAAGAAGAAUUAAAAUAAAUAUAAUUAAAGCUACAAAAAGCUUAAGAGGAGGAAAAGAAAUCCAAAGAUGCCACCAAGGAAAUUUAGUAAGAGUUGGAGAAAGCUAAAUAAAGUUAAGAAUCGUAUAAGGAUAAGAUUAAUAAUUAGAAAGAUAGAUUAGUGUAAAUAGAAUAAGAGCUACAAAAAGCUUAAGAUAAGGAAAGAAAUUCUGAAUAUGCAACCAAAUAAAUUUAAUAAGAAUUGGAUUAAACCAAAGAAGAUUUAGAAUAGUAUAAGAGUAAGAUUAACAAUUAGAAAGAUAGUUUUAAGUAUAAGCUUUAGGAAGAAGAAUUAAAAUAAAUAUAAUUAAAGCUACAAAAAGCUUAAGAGGAGGAAAAGAAAUCCAAAGAUGCCACCAAGGAAAUUUAGUAAGAGUUGGAGAAAGCUAAAUAAAGUUAAGAAUCGUAUAAGGAUAAGAUUAAUAAUUAGAAAGAUAGAUUAGUGUAAAUAGAAUUAGAGCUACAAAAAGCUUAAGAUAAGGAAAGAAAUUCUGAAUAUGCAACCAAAUAAAUUUAAUAAGAAUUGGAUUAAACCAAAGAAAAUUUAGAAAAGUAUAAAGGUUUGAAAGAAAAGUUAAAGCAAAUGGAAUAAAAAUUAGAAGAAGCUAAAGAGGAGGAAAAGUAAUCCAAAAAAGCAGCCUAAUAACUUUAAAAGCAAUUGGAUGAGAGCAAAAAAAUAUUUGAAUAAGAAAAAUCUAAAUUAGAAUUGUAACUGAAAGAAGCCUCAGAGUAAUAAAAGAGAGCCGAUAUAAUAUUAUAAAAAUAUAAGGAGUAACUUGAAAACUAAAUUAAUAAAUCAAAAGAAGAAAUACUUAAAGUAGAACAAAAAGCCCAAUAAGAAAAAUAAAAACUAGCUUUUGAACAUAGAAGAAUAUGUGAAGAAUAGGAAAUGAAAGCUCAAGUAGAAAAAAAUAAGUAAUAAGAAAAAUUGAAAUAAAUGAAAGCCUAAAAACAAACUUAAAUAGAGACAGAAAACUCUAUUAAAAAUGAAUAGACACAAUAGUUUGUAUAAUUUAAUAAUCAAAGAGUAGAAGAAUAAUAAGAUUAAUAUUCCUCUGAAGAAGAAACUUAUUAAGAAUAAAAUGCUAUUGACAAAAUAUUAGAAGAACAUAAAUAAAAUAUAAAGAAAAUAAAUGGAAACAAGUAAAAAACUAAUUAUGUUCCUUAAGGAACAAUUAUUAGGUAUAAUAUUAACUCAUAUUAAGAUAAUAAAAAGAUCAAAUUUAAGAAAAAACAUUAAAUGAAAGAGAAAAAAGAAUAGAAAUAUAAGAAUAGUAUAAUUAAGAACCCAAAAAUAUUAUAAAAAAUGAUUACAUUAAUAUUAUACCAACAUUAGACAAAAUUAAAAAUUAAAUGAUGAUGUCUACAUAGUCAUUUAUUAAUUCAAAUUAAGGAUCAAACUGUAAAAAAUUAAUUAUAAUUAGAAACAUUGCCAAUUAAGUAUAGUAAUAUGUUAAAUCAAUAAAAGUUGAAAUCCUAAUGA